AUGAAAAGCGCCAAGGAUGGAGAAAAGGCGAAACGUCCUAAAAAAAUCGGGUUUGUUGAUCCACAAGGAGAUACGGAGACCUUGGACACGCGAAAAAGCUAUCGAAAAUCCUCCGUACUGAUACUGUCCCGCCUGAUGGGUCCGCCGAUGACUUCCUCAAAGAUCGACCGGGGCCUGUACGAUCGGACCAGCAUGUACGUAGUGCCACGGUUUCAAAACACGUUUCGGAUGGAGUCGAAGAACCCGUUCCGGCGCGAGGUGAUGCAGUCGAUGAUGGGUCACUUUUUGCACACCUACCUCGACGAGUACAAGUAUGUGGCGAAGCGGGCCAAACGGUUGGCGGAAAAUUUAAGCGAAGAGUUGCGCAAUCAGUUCAAGCUGUGCCAGUUCGAACGGUACCGGUACGUGGCGCUCGUGACGGUGGGCGACAAGAAGAUGCAAAACUUCCGGUGUGUUGCCCGCGCUCUAUGGGAUCCGGAGAAGGACGAUUGCAUCAGCUGUACGUACGAGGCGCCACCGUUCUUCGUCGUGGCCAGCGUUUGGACGGUGUAUUAUGAGUGA